CGUCUGUGUCAACUCGUAACAGAGGGAUAAAUCGAAGCGCACAGCUUCUUCCAAAACCUACAAAUAUCUCCAAGCGGUAAGCUGACGCUCAUAACCCAUUACCACAGAUCUAGGAUCUGGAAGGUACAGGACAAUGGACUGACUGCUGGGGAGGGGAGGCGUUGCGGUGGCCAGUCCUAAAGUCUUACACUCUCUGGGUAGAAGUUUCCCAUGGGAGAUCUAGGAUCAGCGUACCCUGCCCCAGUCCUAAUUAUAACUGUUCGGGUGGAAAAGAGUUGAACAGACCUUGGAUCAGCGUCUACAGGCAACUCCUUGUUUGUCUUGAGUAAUAUGAAGUGGGUGGGCCUUCAUCAGAGGUGUUGGCAAAGUCUGCUCUGUCCAGACGCUUCUCUCUCCAUACACAGUCCCUCUUCCACCUCUCUUCCCCUCUUUUUUUCAAUCCAAACCUCACUAGCACAUGCUUCUGGAGAUUCAGUCCAGUCGUCCAAGCUCGACACAGACACAGGAACCAUCAUGGCCAACUGCAUCAAUGUAUCCAGACUCGUCCUCCUGGCCCUUCUAGGUCUUUGGGUAGCUACCAUCCACUCAGAGACCGUGGAUGACCCCACGCCCACUUUACAAGGGGACAACCAGGACACACUGUCCGGCGGCGGGGCAUAUGAUGUCACCACCAAAGAUCCCUUCAAGGAUAUGACGGAGAGAGUGUUCACCUUUGCGUACGAGGACACCACCCACUCACAGGCCAUGAACGAGGGGGAAGGUGUCCUGGGCCCUGGCGCCGUCACAGCUAUCGUCAUUGCAGUCUUCCUGGGGGCUUCAGUCCUCCUCGCCCUCAUUGUCAUCACACUCAGGAAGUUCACCGCUUCCUAGAGCCACAACUUCCUCUUCCUCUCUUUCUUUCAAUCUCUCUCUUUCUCCCUCUCUCUCACUCACUCUUCUUACCUCCAUUAUUCUCUCUCUCCAUUCGUCUAUCUUUAUGGUCUUGCCCAUUCUCUCUAUUUGUGACAACCCUUCUACAAGCCCAGAAUAACCCUUGGAUGCUGGAAUAGUAUUGUGGCAGGUCCCUUUGGCCUUGAAGAGCAACCAACAAUUAAUUUCCUUCAAACUCUAGCUACUAUAAUCAUAUUGUUAUUGUUGGCACACAUGUCCACUAGUUACUAAAGAGUAAAUCCUAGCUUCCACUCAAGUCAAAUUUGGAAGUUAGGAUUUGCCCCUAAGAUGACAACAUUAGAGAAUGGCAGGUUCUUCCAGUGUAUAGUCAUACAGGUAACUGCCAAAAUAAAGGAAACACUUGAGUAAAUGAGAGAUACAAAGUAUAUUGAAAGCAGGUGCUUC